CUUAGAAGAUUAAUCGAGCAGUGGAUAGCAUCCCUUAGACCGUGAUGCGGUCCUACGCAUCACUCCACCGCAGAGUCCUUCGAUCGCAGCGGGGUCAUUACGUAGUAGAGUAGCAUCCCGUUGUGCUUUGACGACGAUGAAAUCGCAGGCAGAACAGCUGAAAGAACAAGGAAAUGCAGCCAUGAAGAAAGGUGUGCCAGCAGAAGCCAUUCUUCACUACACACAUGCCAUCAAACUCGAACCAAGUAACCACCUUCUUUACAGCAACCGCUCGUACGCAUUUCUUAAGCUUGACCAGUACUACCUGGCUCUUGAAGAUGCCAAUCAAACCAUCAAACUCCAGCCAAGCUGGCCAAAGGGAUUUUACAGAAAAGGAGAAGUUGAAUUUGCAGCAUGCCAGUAUUCUAUGGCACUCAUGUCUUACAGGCAAGCACUCCUACUUGAUCCCACCGAUGAAUCCAUCCAGUCAGCUAUCUCGAAGACCAACAAAGAAAUCAUUAGAGAAAAGCGAGAGGCAGCUCGGCGGCCCAUUGUGUUCACUGCAGGUGGUGUUGGAGUCGGACUGCUGGUGGUACUAGCAGAUCAGCUCUUGACACAAAAGCCUAGUCUUCAAAGCAUUUUUGUCCAAGGUCUCCUGGUGUCAGCAUUUGCCCUUAUAGGGUUUGGUAUGUUUAAGGCUUACAGGUACAUGAUAACUUCUCAGAGGUCAUCCCUUCUGGAUCCUCCAAUUGAUUUGCUUGGUGAGAUGGGAGCAAGAACUAAAAAUGAAGAGGACCAUAGCCAGUCAGGUUCAAACUCCACCAAAAAGGGUGGUAGUUCAGCUGCGAAAAGACGUUAUCGCAUGGGGAAGAGCUGAUCAUGGUGCAAAAAAAGGUGCUUUCUGUGAUCUGCAUUAUCCCUAUUGUGGCCUUAAUGCUUAGGCGAGGCAGAUGGUGCUAUUGUUCGAUUAUUGUAUAAUCAGACUUAUGAUGUGGGUCCAAAUUACUGCCUUUUCAAUAUAUUUGAAUUUCAUCAAGAUGUGUUUAUCAAAAAGCUGAAGAUUAUAUUGGAUAUGUUUGGAAGAUCAUGACCAUGUGCUGCUCAUGUACAGAAUUUUACUCCAUUUUCAUUACAACAUGCUAGCUGUGUUGUCUUUAUACUUUGUAAUUUAGCUCAACUUCCUUUCAUGCACUUAAUUUUUAAUUGUACUGUUUUUUUGUAAUAGCUGCACAUCACAGCAUAAUCAGUGCAGAAAGAAUUCCAAACAUUGCAGUGUUUUGGGCAUUUUUAAACAAAUGAUUAACUGAACAGUUUGAAGGUCAUCUCUAGCUCUGUUGAUCUGUUUGUAAAGGAUGAAAUGAAUUGUGAAAGAAAUUGCAAGCAAUAAAUAUUUUAUAUAUACUU